GCGCGCACUCUGUUUUAGUGGUCCGCGGCUCCGCGCACCCGCAGCGCUCGGGGAACUCUGGAAAUCUGAAAAGCGGUUUCUUUCAGAAACCAGUGGAUUGGGAUUUGUUUGUUGUUUUUUAGGUUUCUGAACUCUCGCAGGAUAUCAAAAGUAACAGGGUCAGUUCGGCGGAGUCCAGCAUCUUCGUGGCAUAACACAAGCGCUUCUGGAACAGGAAAGAACGCCUAAGUCAUUUUAUGGAGGCUUGCGGGACGCAACGAAACAUUUCUUAAAGUGUUUGGCACCGAGGAUAUCAGUCCAGAUCCCCCUUCAAUUCGGAGCAUAGUCUUGUUUGGAUUUCAGCCUGUUUGAAAUGUGGCGUUAUGUGAUCGAGAUAAAUGUGCUAUGUGUGUGAAUUGGAGAGGAUCUUUUGGAAGGUGUCCAGUGGGAAAGAGACUGGGUGGACUCAUCUGCAACUGAUCCCCGUUUUCUGAGCGCAAUGGACUUGGAAUGAAGACAAAACAUGGAUAUAAUCUGGGAAAUAUUUAUUAUCCUUCAAGCCAAUCUCAUCGUUUGCACUUCAGCUCAGCCAAAUCCACCCAAAAUCCACGAGGGAUGGUGGGCUUACAAAGAAGUUGUUCAGGGGAGCUUUGUUCCAGUGCCAUCGUUCUGGGGGCUUGUAAAUUCUGCAUGGAAUCUGUGUUCUGUGGGGAAGAGACAGUCUCCAGUCAACAUUGAGACGAGCCAUAUGAUAUUUGAUCCCUUCUUGACACCACUGAGGCUCAACACUGGCGGACGAAAGGUGGGAGGGACGAUGUACAACACCGGCCGCCAUGUCUCACUCCGACUGGAUAAAGAGCACCUGGUGAACAUCUCUGGUGGACCAAUGACAUACAGCCAUCGUCUUGAGGAGAUCAGGUUACACUUUGGAAGCGAGGAUGGACAGGGCUCUGAGCAUCUCCUCAACGGCCAGGCCUUCUCUGGCGAGGUUCAGCUUAUACAUUACAACCAUGAACUGUACACAAACUACACAGAAGCUGCUAAGAGUCCAAAUGGCUUGGUGAUAGUGUCUAUAUUUAUGAAGAUAUCUGAGACUUCAAAUUCAUUUCUGAAUCGGAUGUUGAACAGAGACACCAUCACAAGAAUAACAUAUAAGAAUGAUGCAUACCUUCUCUCGGGGCUAAACAUUGAGGAGGUUUAUCCAGAGACAGCAAGUUUUAUCACUUACGAAGGGUCUAUGACAAUCCCACCGUGCUACGAGACCGCAACGUGGAUUCUGAUGAACAAGCCAAUUUACGUCACAAAGAUGCAGAUGCACUCCAUGCGACUGCUAAGUCAGAACCAGCCAUCGCAGAUAUUCCUCAGCAUGAGUGACAAUGUGCGUCCAGUACAGCCUCUGAACAACCGCUGUAUCCGCACCAACAUCAACUUCAGCAUGCAGGGCAAGGACUGCCCCAACAACAGGGCACAGAAGUUACAGUACCGAGUGAACGAAUGGCUGCUGAAAUAGAGCCAGAAUGCAGACCAGCCCAAGAACACUAACAACAUGAAAAAGAACGAAGAGAAGUGCUCAUGGAUCAGUACAGAAUGAAGACUGACAUAUGACCUGCCAGAUACAGUCAUGAUGUUGUAAAGAAAAAAAAAAAAACCAAACCCCAGCAAGAAGAGACUUUGCACCCAUGGCAAAGAGAUCCAAUUUCAUACAUCCAAUCAAAACUAGUGACAUACAGUUAUAACUACACAAAUGUUUUGAUACCUUUUUUUGGGAAAAACACUAACAAAAAAUAUAACAUUUAUUUCAUAGGCUCUUCACAAAUGGAACUGAAUGUUUUUAGCCUUUGUACAUAUGGACAACUUGCUACCAAUCUGGGAAAAAGGGACAGGACAUUGAACCACCCUACCAAUACAGAAACAUCCUUGAAACAUAACUGCAUUCUCAAUCUUUAUUCUCGCUCACGCUGUGGAGAGGAGGGAGAGGCAGCCUUGCAGGUUUAUUGUCAAGACUAAAAAAAAACAUCAUAAAGACGACUAUGGGGUGAUGUCUGUGGGGGGAAAAAAAAAGAAAAAAAAAAGUGUCUUGGCCUUGUAAAUAAAAUUAUUCAUGCUGAAAAUGAAUAUGUAAAGAUACAAAUAAACAUUAAAAAAAAAUAAUAUCAGAGGGAAAAAUAAAUGAAAAAAAAAUGGAAUAUUUUAUGCUUGGCGCACUUUCUGGAGCAGAGCUGAUGCCUUUUUUCUGUUUCAUUGUUUACAAUGGUCAUACACUGUGUUUGAUUAAUGUUAUCGGCCCAAUAAAUGUGUUUGGAAAGUUAAUUUUUGUAAAUAUUUUUCAAUGUCUUUGGCUGCCCAUGUAAAAUGAAUUUGUUUUACAUAAGCAUUAAAUAUCCUCAAAAAAGAAGAAAAUCA